AUGUCUCUCAAUGGAGACUCUGGCACCUCAAUAUUAUCUCCAUCGAAAGAACUUUUUGAUCCGCAUAGUCGAACGAACGUAUUAGAUUCGCUAGAAAACAGUCCUGCUACGAGUCGUCGUGGCUCUUUUGACAAAUCUGCUGUUUCAAAGCCGGAGUCUCUCCCUUCGCGGAAGGAAAUCAUCAACUCGAUUUACGAGCGAAUGCGCGAUUACUUGCAAGAAGAAAUUGUAAAGCGUUCAAGCGCACCUCCGCAUAUUCUUAAAACUCCCGGCAAGGUCGAAUUAUGCUGUACAUCAUUCUGUCCGCCUAUCAAACGGUUCGAUCGAAGACUUCGAAUGAGCAACGAAACGAACGAGGAUUCCUUCGUGACGAAGCGUGUUUCUAUAUCUAUUUAGUGUAUUCUUUUUCGGUU